AUGACGCUGGAAGCGAUCCGCUACCGGACCGGGUCUCUGCAGAUCCUCAACCAGCUGCUGCUGCCACACCAGACCGUGUACGAUGACAUCCGCUCGGUGCAGGACGCUUACGAGGCCAUCAAGUCCAUGAAGGUGCGUGGAGCUCCGGCCAUCGCCAUCGUGGGCUGCCUCAGCCUGGCCGUGGAGCUGCGGGCCGGCGCCGGGGGCGACGACCCCGUGACCUUCAUCAGGGAGUCUCUGUGUCACCUGACCUCGGCCAGGCCCACCGCUGUCAACAUGGGCCGGGCCGCCCGCGAGCUGAUGGAGUUUGCAGAGAACGAGAGCAUGGAGAAGAACUCGGAGCAGCUCAGAGAAAGCGUAAUCGCCUGGAUCGAGGACAUGCUGGAGCGUGACGUCAAUGACAACAGGAAGAUCGGUAACUACGGAGCCCAGCACAUCCUGUCCGGCGUCCCGCGGGACUCUGUGACCAUCCUGACGCACUGCAACACCGGCUCGCUGGCCACGGCCGGAUACGGCACGGCGCUGGGCGUGGUGAGAAGCCUCCACGCGCUGGGCAGGCUGAAGCGUGUUUACUGCACGGAGACGAGGCCGUACAACCAGGGAUCCAGACUGACUGCGUACGAGGCCGUGGCUGAGGGAAUCCCCGCUACGCUCAUCACAGACAGCAUGGCAGCUCUGACCAUGAGGGAAAUGGACAUCACAGCUGUGGUGGUUGGCGCAGACCGGGUGGUUGCCAACGGUGACACAGCCAACAAGGUGGGCACAUAUCAGCUGGCCAUCGCCGCCAAGCACCAUGGGAUUCCUUUCUACGUGGCCGCACCCAGCACAUCGUGCGACCUGAGCCUGGAGAGCGGCAGGGACAUCAUCAUCGAAGUGCGCCCCCCGGAGGAACUCACCAGUAUAAAUGGAGUCCCCAUCGCCGCCCCGGGCAUCGAGGUGUGGAACCCGGCGUUCGACGUGACUCCUCACCAGCUCAUCACAGGAGGCAUCAUCACAGAGCUGGGGGUCUUCCUGCCCUCCGAGCUCCAGGCGGCGCUCACCGGCCGCCUCACUGCCCUCUAGAGCCGCCCGGCGCCUCCUGCUGGUCCGCGUGCACCGCUGCACGUUUACGUCACACUAAGAGACACUCUCAUGUCAUCACUAAACACUCACGGUCGCGUGUUGUGCUUUAAUUUUGUUCAGCGCACAGUCACUGUUACAUGUCAGCGGUGCACACUGAAGGAAAAAAAAAGUGUUCACAAAUACACACAAAUCCACUGCAGGGAGUCGAGCAGAGACACGUGUGCAGUCUCCCCCCCCUUUUUUUUUUUUAAAUCCCUCUUCUAUGGUUCAUUUCACCUUCUCCUAAACCAUCUUUCAUCCUCUCCUGCCGCCUCUUUCUCUUUCUAAAUGGCUUUUGCAACAACGAAAAGAGCUCAGCUGGACUCAAACCUAUAAAUUCUAUUUGGCAGACAAAUUUUCUGAGACAUUACCGAGGUGAUGUUUUUAGGGCUUCUUUAACAAGACCGAAAACUUCCAAAAAAAAAGUCUAAAUGGCACGACUGGUUCUUCAAUUCCAACGUAGUCGUGGUUUCUAAAAUGCUGCUACCCACUUGUAAAUAUAUAUAUCCUUGCUGGUAGUGUGUACAUAUGUAGAAAACUAACCCCUGCUAGUAAAAGGUACUGCUAUUUUAACCAAAUAUGUGAUUAUUUAAAAUUAAAUUUGCCAUCUAAAAUGUUAUAUUAACAUUUGAUUUCUUUUCUUGGUGUAGAAACCUUUUGUAGAAGACUAAUCUAAAUUUAUAGCCCAUGAUCUUCACUCUGACUUUGUAACCUCUACGGCAAAAAUUUGAACAAGUGGAAUCAGUCAGCUGAAGCCUUUGCUAAAACACGGCUGUAUUUAUACCUCACUCCUUGUUUGCAUCUUGCUAUUCAAACUUGUACUCUAUCAUACCCCACUUGUACUCUCAUAAUGUACUUAUAUAUACAUAAGUGUAUAUAUAUAAAUAUAUAUUCACACAUAUACAUACAUAAGCUUACAGAUCACUCUGCUUUUGAAGCGAUGGGACGUCUAAAAACUGGGAAAUUGUGUCAUUUGGGCUGUGACAGCUUUUUGCUGUGAGCUGUAAAGGCUGUAUUUCUCUGUUAAAGGAAUAGUUCACUCCAAAAUGGAGACUCAGUUAUUUACACAGUCAAGACUUUACAAAUGUUUAUUCUUGUAAGUCAGGCUUAUUUUAAAAUCAAUUGCAGUCAGUUUUACGACUUAGAAUUAAGCAAACCCAUUUGCAUAACAUCUUAAAGAAGCCUAAUAUCACUAUAAUAUUCCCGAUGACACCAGGUUUGUUAAUCUUGUUCAGCUGUCAAAUAAUGCAAGAAAAGGUAGAUAUUGGACUUUACAGCUAUCCAAAUCAGUAUUUAUUUGAACCACAAAAUCUGCCAGCAGGUUUAAAAGGGAUAUUAUCUUUAAAAAAGUCACCAAAAUUAAACUAUUAUUCAGAGCCAGAAAAUGUAGAAUCAGAAAAAUAUGUCAAGUUUCAAUGAUUCAUGUAGUAAUCGUGUGUGAUGUACAGUUCCAUUUGGAUAUUUAACCAAAUCUAACCUUAAAUCAUGAUAGUUCAUUAAAAUCACUUCUAUGAAAAACAAAAUUUUCUGUGAUCCUGAGCGCAGCUGUGAAGCUGUUAUUGAUCCAGUCACGUGGUAAAAACUCAGUGAGUUUUGGGCUGAACUGCAGGCUGUGUUUACACGGAGCAAAUAGGAUUUUUAAGUGAAAACAAAUGUGACAGGAUCAGCAACUGCUUAGAUUUUUCCAUUAUGUUCCUUAUGAUAGCCUGCUGAAGUCACACAGCUUUACAAUAAUACCAGUAAGGCUAAAUUGUGGACUUUACAGCUGCGUAAAUCAAUAUAUUUGUAUUAAGAAUGGAAAAAUUACUACAUAUAACUUAAAAAGUCAUAACAAGCCAACCAAGAACUGUUAUCGGACUUUCUUUCACUUUCCUUUAGCUGUAUCAAGUGUUAAACAUCCUUCAGCACGUUAUUUUGUGUUUUUACUGUAACUUUAGUGUUUGUGGUCAUUUGCAGCGCUGUCUUCAGUGAAAAACCUCGUAUAAAUCCGCUGCUUCACAUCAAACAGCAGACAGACACAGUUACAGAGGUGUUUUACAGCCAGGUAUUUCCCUCAGGAGGCGGAGACUACAGCAGAGCUAAAAGGAGAGUAAAUAUUUGACUUACAAACACUUAACAGUUACGUUGCUCAGUGUUCAGGAUCUGUAAAUUAUCAGCUGUUUGCUAACACGCCUGCCUUAACAGCUUUUAAACAUCAAACUGAUGACUGAUCGCAGCGUCCACUGUUCACUUCUUUGCUGCAUGUCAUACUCGUCUUUCUCUUGUUUCCUGUCGUGUAAAUGCAAAAUCCCUAAAAACCUAUUUACUAACAACUUUAUUUGGUGAUAAAAAGUUAAUGGUGCAUUUCCAGUUUGUUUUAACACCCAAAUGUGGAAAACAGAUCUCCUAAUGCUGCUUUAAACACCUACAGUAUUGACAUUUGAAAGUGUUCAGACAAAGAAAGACAUGAGUUACUCAGAAGAGACAAAAACUUUACUAACUCCGGGGAUGCAGGAGGCGGCUUUUUCUUUAAUUUGGGGUGAACUAUUUCUUUAAGAUGGAUCCACGCUGCAGAAUCCGUCUGUAAAAACCAUUGCGCCACACACACACACACACACACACACACACCAAUCAGAAUGUAAUAUUUCACUCAGUUGAACUUCAGUUCGGGGCCAGACUUCAGACACUCGGUCACUUCUUGCCUUUGUGCUCAGUUUAGAAUGUGUUUUGACUGUUUGGAUUAAUUCCUCCUCAUUAAUGAAAAUCUGUUUUAGUCCUUUUACAUCAAACCAGGGCAGCUGAAGACAGGUAGACAACGACGACUGCACAAAGGGUUUUCUCUGUAGUUACUGAUCAACACUCGUGGCCCCGAGUUUAACUUUAUUUUAUGAAAGAACACGAUUAGAAAUAUCACUAAAUAGGGUGAAAAUCCCAUAAAGUUGGGAAUUAUUAGAUUUUAUCUUGUGCUGAAACUGUUUCAACAGGAAAAAAAUUAAGAUUUUUGAAGAAAUGUUAAGCAAAAUACCAAACAUUCACUGGUAUUAACUUUAAAAAUGUGAUCAUUUACUACUUCUCUCACUUUCUAUCAGUUCAAACGGAAACUGUUGCUUUUACAAACGUAAAGCUAAAGACAUGGAUGUGCACCUAAAUGUACAAACUGACCCGAUGAAGACGGAUGUCAGAGUCGUGGCCCACAUAAAAUGCCUGUUAACCUUCCACCACCUCACAUGCUGCUCUUCUGCAUUCAUUCAUUCAUUCAUUCAUUUAAACUGGCCACAAAUACCCAGCUUCACUUUUCUACUCCAGAGAAAAACACCCUAAAGAAAAAAAAAAACAAAAAAAAAAAAACUUAGUGUCAAUAAUAAUUGCAGUAUCUAUCGUGUCAUUGUCCAUAUCUUUAAAAUGCUGUAAUGUAAAGCUCACUUCUCCAUCUUCCUCCCCCUCCUCCUCGUCAUCAUCAUCAUCUCUCUCAUCCAUCAAACCUCAACUCACAAAGAUGCUGGUAGGUCACAAGCGAGCGUAAAAGACACUUGUGUAUUUAAAUUUUCCUCUUCUUUUUUUGGGGUUUUGUUUUGUACAGUUAAACACGUCACGUUUUUUCAAUUUUAGACGACGUUUCCAGACACAUGUAGCAACUCUGUGGCCGUUAGACCCGCCGCGUAUUACUUUUACUUUUUAAAUCUUCAAGAGGUACGAGAUUUCCGUUCUGUCCGUACAUCAUGAUUAUAACUGUUUUAGCUGUGGUUUGUUGGGGUUUUUGUUUUAAUUUCAUGACAUUGUGAUUCCUAGUGACUAGGCCAUUAGUACACCACACUGAGGAGGCCUCCUCAACCAUACACACUACCUCUCCGUCUGCCUGCACGGACUCAAACACUCAAAUGCAUGAACACAAGCACUCGGCGUGUCAUGCUGCAGCAGAGCAGGUUGCAGAAAUGAAAUCUGGAUUAAAAAAUAAUAAUAAAAAAAAAUUCUUCACAUCUCACUGAUGUUUCUUGAAUCCAAAGUAACAGUUUGUGGCUUUUUUUUUUUUAAGUUUGCCAAAGUAGCCGACAUUCAGGCCAACGUGUUAUUUUUGGGUUGCAGCUGAAUUAUUUCUGCUUUGUUUUCACACCACGCUUCUGAAAGAUCUCCCUCGAGAAAAGACCCCCCGACACGUGGCUAAAAAUCAGGUGCCAAAAUUCAACGCUGCUCGCCACGUUGAUUCGACGAAUCGGAGCAGGUGCUUGUGUGUUAUCCAGCAAUCAGUGUGGCCUGCAAUUACCAUGGAAGGAGUGUUGUUCAGAUGGCCUCUUUAAGUGCAAGUAUGUUAUUGUUGUUAUUGAUAAUCACUUGAUCUGGGUUUAAUUUUGUAACAUGUGGAAAUAGUUCAAAACUGGAUUUUUUUUUUCUUUUUAUAUAUAUACGUAUAUGAAUAUAAUGCUGUAAAAGUGCAGUCAUGAAUUAAGAGAUUUCUCUUUCACAUCAAUACAGUUAAAAAGAAUAAAACCACAGUGAAAUGAG